AUGCUAGGUGUGGGCAGGGUCACAAGUACAGAUCAUUCCUUCCUAAGUGAUGGUCUCUUUGUACCUGAAGACCAGCUAGAGAACCAAAAACCAUUACAAUUGGAUGUAAUUAUGGUAAAGCCUCAUGAACUUUGUGCCAAUCAAGAAAAUGCUGCAGUGUCUUCUGCAAAGAAGCCCAAGUUAGCAGGGAAAGAUUCAGCAAGCACUGCCUCCACCCACUGUGACUCUUAUUCAGGACUGGGAAAGGACACGGGAGCACAGAGCAUGGGCCAAGCUUGCCAAGAGCCAUCGUGUUCAUGCUCUUGUUCUUCCGCAAGUCAGCAGUGCCAGAUGACAGCCUGCACUCAGGAGAUUCUGGAAAUUUUGAAGCAAGGCAAUGCAUUUAUUUUAGAUACUGACUUAGAUUUUUUUUCUGUCAAGAACCCCUUCAAAGAAAUGUUCACUCAGGAGGAAUACAAAAUCUUACAAGAGCUCUACCAAUUUAAAAAGCCUGCUAGCAACCUAACUGAGGAAGAUUUGGUAGAUACUGUUGAUACUCAAAUUCAUCAGUUAGCAGACUUAGAAGCAGCUUUUGCUGAUUUGUGUGAUGGUGAUGAUGAAGAAACUAUACAGAGAUGGGCUUCAAACCCUGGAAUGGAGUCACUAAUUCCACUUGUACAGAGUUUGAAAAAACAUAUGGAAGUGCCAGACCAUGAAAUGGUUCACCAAGCUGGUCUAACCUGUGAUUAUUCAGAACUUCUUCACCAUAUCAGCACAGAACAAGAAGUUGAGUAUCUUAUUCAGUCUGUGUAUUAUUUGCUGAAAAAAUUACCAAAACCUACUCUUGUGACAAUUGCAAGAUUGUGA